AUGCCUGCUCUCCGCAAAAAUAACCAAUCCUCCUCCGACGACGGUACCCCAUCAUCAACAUCACCAUCACCAUCCCCUUCAAAAGGAUGGACCAAAGAACAGAAGAGACAGCUUUUCUAUCAUGUAAUGAAGAAGGGAGAGAGGGAUUGGGGCAAUGCAGUAGAUGGAAAGACGGGUCAUCAAAAAAACACUCUUACCUCAAAUUACCAAAGCUUGUGGAUUUUAAAACCAGCUCCAUCCCACGACUGUUAG